GGGAUAACCGUUUAACAUUCUCACAUGUUCAAAAAUGUUAUAGUUGUAUAAUCGAUCUUCCAUACUGUUUCGCGAUCACCUCCAUCCCGAACACAUUAUUGGAUGAGGUAGACUGCUGCCUAUAGAUCUAAAGCAACAACGAAGAAAACCGUUAAGCAUUUUGUAUUCUCACAAUCCGCCUACUUUAUACAAACCAUACAGUCUACUCGAACUCGAACGAAGCGCAUUCAUGCAGCUACAUUCCCUUCCAACUGCAAGAAGUUUCAGAACUAUGCUACAAAUGCACAUGCCAUAGUUUACGAAGCGUUUCCUACGAGUAGUUGCGACUGAAAUAGAUGGCAAGUGAUGGCGACUCUUGAUAGACCUUGCUGGAAGGGCGAGGUGUAGGGUGGAUCGAUGGAGGUGGUGGCGCCCUCGAGCGGCGCGGGCGGGCGUAUGCCGGCAGUGUGUGAGUCUGUGGGUCGCCGUCCGGCCGCGUCCGGCUCUGCCUGCACUGCACCAGCCGCUUCAGGUGGCGGUGGAGUUGGUAAUUAAAGUGACAAAACAAAAAUAUUAAUGCUCAUAAUAAUAGAAAAAAAUUAGUGUCACAAUAUCGUCACUAGUCGCUAUCAAGCGGUUAGUGGAGGAGGACACCUGUUUUCGCGGAGUUGCGUUAUAUGCGCCGACGCAGUGGGAUGUGAUUCACUACGACCGCACUGUAUAGCAAGCGUGCGUCGAGGUGCGAUAACCGACCUCCGCAGUCUUGCCAAGUUUUGCUCAACGGACUUCGGAGUGGCUCGCAGCUCUCAGAUAUACGCUUGUGCUGAAACAGGCAACAGCGCGAGACGUCACGACCGAUCUACAUACAACUAACGCACUGGCCGCAGUUAAAAGUUACAUAAAAAUAUUUGUGACACGUUGCGCUGUCAAGCAGCUGCCGUGGGUAAAUAAACAAAGUGUGCGCGUGUGAUUUGUCAUUGACCGAACCGGUGACCCUCAUUUAAAUUAGAAAAUCGAAUGUUCUAAAAGUUUUUUUUAACCGGAUCAAAAUGACAUCGCGAUCAAAAGAAAAAGUGGCGGCUGCAUUCCGGAAAUUGUUUCGGUCGCCGGAUAAACUGGAUAACGAAGGCGCCGGUCCGAGUGGCUCUCCAGCCAGGCGCGGCCUACUUCGGCGACACAGAGAUGGCGUAGGACCAGCGGAGGCGACCGCUAGCGUGCCGGCGAGUCCGGGAGCAUCCUCACUUGUAAAAAAGAAAGUACCGGGAGCCACCGAAGUACGUGAUCGGGCAGCUGCAGUGCGUACGAGACGUCUUAUGAAGGAACUGAAGGAAAUCAAACGGCUGCAGGAGAGCCGACCCGACCCUGUGUUUACGGUGGAGCUUGUCAACGACAAUCUUUUCGAGUGGCACGUGAGGCUGCACCAGAUCGAUCCAGAGAGUGAUCUUGCCACGGACCUACGAGAACUGCACAUUCCGAACAUCCUCUUACACUUAGUGUUCCCAGAGAAUUUUCCAUUUGCACCGCCGUUUAUGCGUGUCAUCGAACCGAGAAUAGAGAAAGGAUUCGUUAUGGAAGGUGGAGCGAUAUGCAUGGAGCUGCUGACGCCUCGCGGCUGGGCGUCCGCGUACACCGUGGAGGCGGUGGUGAUGCAGUUCGCGGCGUCGGUGGUGAAGGGGCAGGGCCGGGUGGCGCGGGCGCCGACUCGUCCCUCCUGCGAAUUCUCGCGGCGACGGGCCGAAGAAGCGUUCCGCUCCGUCGUAAAAACUCACGACAAAUACGGCUGGGUCACACCCGCGUUGUCUGAUGGCUGAACUGUACAGAUGGACAGAAUCAGCCGUAAUGCAAAAAGAUCUCCCUUAAUUAUUUCGAAGAUAAUUUUAAACUUAAUUAGUGCAAAUUUAAGUAACGCUCUGGUAUCGUAAGAGCAUUAUAUUUCGUUUUGAUUCAUUAAUUGAUGGUAAUGAUAUGCGAGCUUUGUAAUUAUUGCUCUGUGAUACAAAAUAAUAGGUUUACUACUUAUUUUUGUGCAUUCUAGAAUUCAUCUAUGUUGUAAAUGAACCUUUCUAGGAAUUGCAAACAAAAUGAAAUAUAUUUGAAAUGUAGAUAUGUGUAGAAAUUUAAAAGCGUCGUCCAUAUGUUUGACUAGAAGCUGAUGUGUGUAGUUAAUGUAAGUUACGUUCUCAAUCAGUAGUCAUUAAAAUGAACCAAUAUGAAUUAAAAACAUUAAUUGCUGAGUGCUUUUUGUCGACAUUAUUUUUUAAUCAUUUUCUAUGUGUACAGUAGUUUUGUAGGUAUGUGUCGUGAUUUGUGCCAAAAGUACCACCCCCAACCAAGUGUAGAAAAAAUAGGUUGCAUUUAAAUUAGAUUAUAUAAUUUUUUAUUCAAACAAUCACUGGUCGAAAACAAAAUAAAAAGAAAAUGUUUCCGUCCUUAAGUCACUUAAAAUAAUUUUCUAUAAAAUUGUAAUAAAAAAAAAAGUAUUAAAUUGAAUUUAAUUCUAAAGUAGAUUAUCAUCUUACAUUAUUUCACCUGAUACUUCAAAGUUAUGGUAUUUAUAAAGUAUCAAUUUAAAAGAAUUUGUAUGCUUGUUGUCUUCGAUCGUGAUCGAUGCUUGAUGUCGUAUUGUAGCAAAGUCAAAUUAUAAUAUACCUACUUGGAUUUUAAAAUUUUUAAUGUAUUUUUGAAGCUCAAAUUAUAGAGUACCUUACGUACUUUUAAUUUUAAUCUAAAGCCAGGCUUGGUUUAAUCUUAAUUAAUCGUAAAUGUGUAAUUUUAUAAUACAAUACCUAUAAACCAAAGAUAUUUUAUGUGAACCUCUUCAGUUUAACAUAUGGUAAAAUAAAAAUCAAUGUACAAUACACAUUUAUAGCUGUAUUAAAUUACCUGCUCAAA